AUGGCAGUAAAGGACGUCUUGGCCAAGUUCCGAAAGGCUCUGCUAUGCUGUGGAUCAGGAGAGCGGAAGCGUUCGCUGGAGAUUAGCUCUCCUACAGAUGUUCAAAGAGGUGUACUAGAUAUGCCAGGGUUGACCGACGAACAUGAGUCGCUGCUCAAGUCCUCGUGGGCACGAGUAGACGCCCCUGAAUACGGAACUUGGACAAUUUCUCGAAGACUUUCCAUAAUGGGUGUCAUGCCUUCUCCCAUUCGCGUCGACAUUUUCAAUGGGCACGCUGACACCUUUGACAGACGCCAUUUCAUCCGUGAGAAAGCCUCCACGGACGCAGCCCGUCUGCUAUCUUUGACCUCUCACCCUCCCACUCGACCGACCUCUCUCCCGCCCUCUUCAGGUCCAUCGCCAACGUCUUCUCGUUCGCCUUCCGUCACCUUACUCAACUCCGCAUCCUCCAAUCUCCCGGAAACCCUCCCGACCCCACCUCGUCAAAAGCACACCGACCCAGCACCACCGACAUCAGCCCACAACCGCAUGAAAGGCUUCUGGGAAAGCACCCGACGCCUCAGCAACAGCCUCAGCAACACCAACCACAACGGCUACCGGGACCUCAAGCAGAACGACGUCGACCGAGACGAAGGCGUGGUAUUGCUCAACAUGGACUUCAAAGACACGGAGCCCGAUUCGCCCGCGUCCAUCAAAAGCAUCGACGAAGGCUUCGUCUCGCAGGACGUCCUCGUCGGCGGCACCCCUACGAAACCCAACAGCCUGCCCCGCGAACGCACAACCCCGAGGUCGGCCAAGGAUGCCGAUAAUGUGUCCGUCAGCGACAGCGACGACGAGUUGGUGGCGCGUAUGGCAGGCAAGGGGGAGACUGCUGGAAGCACCCCGCUCGUCAAGGCUUAAAUCCUAUGUAGAAUUACCACCCCCAACGCCUCUCCCCGUCAUCGCACUUCCCCCUUCUCGGGGAUUGCGCGUGAGGAGGGGAAAGCUUUGGUCUUGUUUGUAUC